CGCGUUAGCUACGCUUCCAUUCAAAGCUCCGUUCAAAAAAGAGGCGUUUUUACUUCAUGAUGCGUUGCGUUUUCGUCCACGGCGUUUUCUUCGUUUAACGAUAACGGCAAGUUGUUGCGGCCAGGGGACGCCGAGCCGGGCAAAGCCAAGUCCCGUGUAACGUUAGCAGGCUAACGUUAACGUAACCUUCGGACUUCAGCCAAAUAUGUGAAUUGAGCUGCUUGGAGAUGAAGGGGCGACUCAACUGUGCAACUGAAGCCAAUCUAUGUAAAUGCUUGAGAAGCAAGAGGAGAACUCCCAUCCUUGUCUAAAUGGUUGAGACCUGAUCUGAACCUCGCCUUUCAGCCCUCCUGCCAGUUGUCAGCUUUGUUGGCAACUUCACGAAGAACAAUCCUCUGAAAGUCGCCGCACUUUGUGCCACUGUUUGGACUCCAGCUUAACCACAUUUAAAGGAUUAUUGUACCGUCUUGAGGAAGUUUGAAUCCGGAGGUUCUUUCCAGCGUGUGAAAAUAUGGCAAAGAAAAACAGCCAAAAGGAUACAACAGGAGUGAUGUUUGACACUCAUUCAAAAAUGGCCAUGUCUCAAGGAGGAACAGCUGAGAAGAUGAAGGAGAAGAUUAGUGCCGUAAGGGCUGUUGUGCCCAACAAAAGCAACAAUGAGAUUGUGCUGGUGUUGCAGCACUUUGAGAACUCCGUCGACAAGGCUGUUCAAGCUUUCUUAGAAGGGAGUGCAGUCGAGAUCCUAAAGGAGUGGAACGUCACCGGCAAAAAGAAGCCCAAGAAGAAAAAGCCCAAGCCCCAGCCAGAGGCGUCCGCAGAGUCUGUUGCACUCGAGGCCCCAUCGCCUGAGGAGAGCAGGGAUGAGGUGAAUGGUUUUCAUGCCAACGGAUCUGUGAUGGAUGGAGAGUCACUUGAUUCCUUGAGUGAACAGUUGGACUCUGCGUCCCUGGAUGCAGCCGAGCUGGACUCUGAACCUGCCACAUCUGAAACCGCUGGUGCAGAAGCAGAAAGUCAAGGUAGCGCUCCAAGUCCCGCCUCACAGCAGGGAGGGAGGAAUCCCCAGGGUCCCAGAGGGAACAAGAACCGACACAGAGCUGGCUCAAAUUCACACCCCCACACGUUUUCAUUAAUGCCUGCCACCGAAGAGCUAGGAUUGCAAGGAGUUAAAAAAAUGGCUCCCAACAUUGACCGCUCUGUGAAGGACCUGCAGAGAUGCACCGCCUCACUGACUCGCUACAGAAUGGUGAUCAAAGAAGAGAUGGACUCCUCAAUCAAGAGGAUGAAGCAGACGUUUGCAGAGCUCCAGACCUGCUUAAUGGACCGGGAAGUGACUCUGCUGGCAGAAAUGGACAAAGUGAAGGCAGAGGCCAUGGUGAUAUUAGACGCGAGGCAGAAGAAAGCUGAGGAGCUCAGGCGGCUGACGGACAAGUCGGCGUCCAUGUCUGAGGAGCAGUUGUCUGAACUGCGUGCAGACAUCAAGCACUUUGUGAGUGAACGUAAAUAUGAUGAGGACCUUGGGAAAGCUGUAAGAUUUACAUUCGAUCUUGAACCACUGAAGACAAGCAUCACAGGGUUUGGAUCAGUUUACCAUCCGCGUACGGGCUACUCGAAUCGCUCCCGCUGUAGCUCCACGUCCUCUUCCGUCACCAGCCCGAGCCAGCUUGAAACUCCUCCACCCCCCCAGACCCAAAGUGCCCCCAGUGAAACCCGCCCCCCACCAAACAAACAGAUCUUUCAAGGCAACAGGCGCACUUUCCAGGGCCAAGGUUUCCACUCAGGCGGUCAGCGAUACAACGGCGGAUCCUACCACGACAGGAACUCCGCUCGCGCUAACCAUCGCUACCACAGCGACGGCGCCUCCUCCGGUCACACUUCGCAGCACUCCACCAACUCCAGAGGACCGUCCCAUCCCUCCUCAUCCUCCCACAACCAGGACCGAGCGUCUCACAACGGGCUGCCUCAAAGGCCCCCGCGGACGCACUGCCCUUGACAUUGGAAAGCCGUGGUUCAAUCAAACCCAUCUACUAACCCUGCACCUCCCCCCCGUCCCCCUUCCACACCCUGCACACUCUUCCACCCUACUAACCCCUUUCAAUGAAGAAUAGAAUACAAGUUUACAUAUUCCCAUCAGAUGAGCUGUAGUGCCACCUCACUACAUCCAUCCAUCCAUUCAUCCUUCAGACUUGAACGCUGUCACUCUUCCUUUUACAUUUCUCCCACGCUGAUUAAGGUAACUAGCUUCUGUAUUUAGCCUCCUCAUCGCUAUGCUAUUGUCAGUUUCUGUUAAGUAGACUGACAUGAUUUACCUGCAACAAUUUGUGCACUAUUGAAGUUGAACUUUUCUUUCUGUGGCUUACAUCAUAUAUAUAUUUUUUUAAUUUGCGCCUCAUAUUUUUAGUUUUCUUCUUGUCUCCCAGAACUAUUUCAAUGCCUUUACAGUGGAGGAGUGCAAAGUGCAUAACUAGUUCUAGCAUUAACAGGAACUUUUGUAAUCAGAAGAGUAGACAUUCAUUCAACACUACAGACUAUCGUCAAUUGUUUGCUAGGUUAAAAAAAGGAAACAUAUCAAACUGUAUUUCAGAGCUUUUCAUAUGGCUGCUACUGGAUACUUGAUAAUGCUAGGAUGAGAACAGAGAUUGCUCCUGAAGGAAUAGAUCCAACAUUUGAGAGAUGUUCUCGCGCGUUAUCUUGCUGAGGGUUGGUUGAGACGAUCGAUCCCACUCUCAUGUCUGUACACUAAACGUAAAGCUAAAGCCAGCAUCUGCUUGGAUUAUCUUAGCAUGAAGUGCACAAGUUGUAAAGAGUCUCCCGGCCCCAGCUUCAGAUUUACUUAACACGCAUGAGAAUGGACUCAGACUUUGCAUUGCGGUCCCCACUAGCCAAUGGCUCGUGCAUUGUUUGUGGCUCGCUGUCGAACAUUUUCUAAUAAAGAGAGGGCUCAUUACCUUUUGUAGAAUAUUAAAUAUGUUUUAAGUGGCGACGAAGGAACCUGUCCUCAUGCUGUUAGUUCUCCACGUGUACUCUGAGAGAUUUUCUUCUUCCACACGUGCAGUUUGUUCCUUGUUUCGUUAAAUGCACAUGAAUGGCAUCUUAAUGACAUGCUUGCCUUUAGUCACAGAGAGACUUCACUUUUGCCUUUCUAGAAAAAAUAGUAUGUCUGCAUCCUGACCGUUUUCUACGCAGACAGUAAUUGCAGAGCAGACGUGCAGUUUAUAAAUAAAUGUGAGGUGCAAGAUUUACCCUUCCCCUCUUUAUUUACCUACUUUAUUCCAUCUGUUAAAGUGAUGUUGCUCAUAAGCGAUGAAUGCGUUGGAAGGUCGGUACUGAUUUCAUCAUAGAUCUUCUCCAGCUGUCGAGGAGACGUUUCAAGGUGGUGGUUGUUGUUGUUGGGGUCAGGCCUCCUAACAUGGCCGCCCGCCCGCUUCUGAACAGAAAGCUGGUGAAUACCUCAUUACUGAUCUGUUUGGCUCGUAUAGAGGGACAGGAACCCUCGGUGGCUCCUCGUCCCUGAUGUUGUAAUUAUGUACAUAGGCCGAGCUGCGAGCCUGUAGACUUAAACCGAUUCUUGCAUUAUUGCUGCAUCUUCUUUACAAUGUGUUGUCUUCCCUCAAGCUGACGUUUGAAAACAAUGUAGAAUGUUCGUCUCUGCCAUUUUUCUUUCAUCAUAGGGUCAUUUUAGUAUUUGACUUAUAAGUUUAUAUUCUUUCUACUAGAAGUACCGCCUUGUUUGCAGACUUUACUAAACGUGCUGUAAUGACACAGAUGCGUGUACAGUUAGGAAGAAAGAUUCAAUUGACACAAUGGGAAAUGACUACCCCCAACCCCACGAGAGGGUUAUGGCCAUAGUCUGUUUAUCUAGCCUGGAAUCAAGUAGAGCUGAACCUAAAGAAAAAAAAAUGCAUCAGAUCAAAUGACAAAGGACAAGCUCAUGUCACCUGAACGAGAGCUGUGGAUACACUCAUGCCUCACUACAGAGUCAUCCUUAUUGUAAUCACAUUUACUUAACAACUAACACAUAAGAACCUUUGUUUGUUUGUCUUUUAUGUUGUUUUUACUACUACAUCAUUUAAUUAUGGAUAAUGUUUAACGAUUUUUCCUCUUAAAUAAUUACAAAACAGGGUAUUUUUUUCCUGGAAGGCAAAACUAACCGUUUUAUCACGUUACCUGUUUUGCCUACAAUUGAUCAACAAUCAAAAACCCUGACAAUGAUGGAACAAAUAAAUAACUUUCAGUAUCAAUAAUAGCUUAAUUUAAAUCCUUCAUUAAUUCAGCAUUAGGGUACCGGUGCUACCUUGUAUAGUGGAGGGCGGGAGAGCGGUACAAAGGUUUGCCUGGAGGUUAAUCCUGCCAUUUGAUAGCUUUGUGUGCUAUCGGUCUUCUCAUCUAUCUCUCUCUGAAUUAAAGCAAAAAAGAUCUUUCCCAAAUUGCCAAACAGUCCUUUCAGAGGCAACAACUCUGUUACAAUAACACAAAGACUUGUAUUGACUGAAGUUGAUGAGGAAACCACAACUUUCCUCUUAACACCACUCUACUAAAUGACGGUGAGGCGCAGAUGAAACCGAUCAAAGCUGCCGGACAGAACAUAAACAGCUUAUCUGUACUCUACCAAUGCUUUUCUCACCUUAACCACUUUAGUUUCAUUCCAAACUUUAGAUGUAUUAGGUUAUCGCCAAAGAAAUAUUUCACCCUCUAAAACCUUCUUUCUUUCUUCGGCCUGUGAAUCCAACACUUUAUUUUAUUCUUUCAACUUUAUUUUCUAAUUAUUUCUGUAUAUACAUAAAUGUAGCUAUAAUUUUCUGCUCACAUGGGGCGUUUUGUAUGUGAUAUUCAUAUUAGGCAUAACAGAGGUUAAAACAUCUAGUUCAUUAAUUCUUUCUUCCUGUAAACCUUGUGUCCUCCUUCUUCUCAAGACGUUUGUUUUUCUGAGAAAACUGUAAACUCAAGUGCCUUUUCUCGUCUCCCGCUGAUUCUUUGACCUCCUCAUCCCCAGAGUAUGGACCAAAGACAUUGACCGUCCCUGACACCUCUGCCCUCUCUUUCCUUCUCACUCAGUGGCACACUAUUCAUUUACUACAAAUAAACUGUUUGCAAUAUUGA